CCGCACACAUUAGCCAGAUCGGUCUCCAUACGGAGCAUCGAGUCGUGACGCAAUACCGUAUCGACUACCUUUCGGAGGCAUGCGGAAAGUGGGGCAGAGUAGAAAGUCGCCCAUGAACACGUUUUCUCCCUUCCUUCCGUUCAAACAAGUCGUCCGUUCUGGCAGAAGGACAGCGUCCUAAGGAGUCGUGGAGGACGACAGGUGAUUCAUGUGCGGGUGCUCCUCGGCUGGGCGCAGGAACGGAUUCGGUGAUUACAGUGUGACAGGUGAAAGGGAUUCAUUCGGAAGUCGUCGGGAUUUGUCCUCUUCAUCGAGCAGCAGGAUUCACUAGAGGUACAGACAUCAGUCAAGGUGCCCCUGCCAUCACUAGAAGCCAACAAUCAUGGCGGCAGAGGCGGCGGCUAUGAAUGCCGUGGCUUGCUGUGUAGUGCUGGCACUGCUGCCAUUAGUAUCUCUCUCGCCGACAGCUUACCACAGCGGGCAUCUCGCUUCAGGUCACGUGGCAGUGUGUGAUCCGGACAAGAUCCCAGACAAGAGCAUCAUCUGUUACGUGAGGCCCGGUGACCCACACUUCGAGCUGUCAGCUCUGGACCCAUGUCUCUGCACUCAUAUCGUGUAUGGUACCCUCGAAGUGCACCAGGAUCUUUCUCUUGGGCCUUUCGUCCAUGAGAAUCUGACGGCCCUGGGUCUUCUGCAACACCAGAACCCGCACCUGGUGCCGAUGGUCGAGGUGCGUGGCUUGGACCAAGUCAUGUACGUUCCUGAUGACCAACAGCUGGAGACACUGUCUCACAAGAUAUGGACGACCAUAGAACCAACUCAUCCGGGGGGUGUGGACAUCGACUACCAGUUCCACGGAAUCGACCACCAGGUUGCCAUGGAACAGAGACAUGUACUGGCAAACUUUGUGCAGCAUUUGCGGCAAGAAAUUCCCCUCAAGUCCCCCGUCCUGUCCGUGACUGUGGCCAAGGAGCCUCAUAGGAUUGAGCACGUCUACGACUUCCCUACCUUGGCUCAACGUGUGGACUACGUGAACAUUCCGACAUUCAUGUUCCACGACGACAGUCCACAGUAUGCAGUUCACCCCGCGCCGCUCCACGGAGAUCGAGGAGAAAUGGACAACACCGACUCUCUGGUGAACCUCGUUCUUUCCAUGGGAGUACCUCCGCAGAAAGUUGUGGUAGGAGUACCCAUGUUCGGCGUCACGUACCGCCUCGCCGACCCAGGAAGCGGUGCCACCCUAGGUGCUCCUCUGGACGUGCACGGCGAAGACAGGUCUUACGUUUUCAACCAUCCAGAGUUUUGCGCCCUUCAGCACAACCUCAACUUCAGCGUUCUCCGGGACCAAGACCUAACGGCUCCUUAUGCAGUCAGUGGUGAUGCCUUCUUUGGGUUCGAAGACGACAUGAGUCUUAGGCUUAAGGGCAAAUAUAUCCAAGUACGCGACCUCGGCGGCGCGUAUGCCUACUCCAUCAACGACGACGACGCCCACGACGUCUGUGGCCAAGGCAACUUCCCCUUACUCCACAGCCUCCACGAAGGCAUCGCGGGUAUCUCUUCGUCCAUCGAGUACCUCGAGACCGAUGACGAUGCUCGUAUCGUGCGCAUCGUCGACCACAACGGCGACGAACUGCACGUGGACGGCCUCAACUCGUACAGCGUUGCCGGCUUCACUUGCACCCGUCAGGGAUUCUACCGACAUCCAGCGGACUGUACUCGCUUUUACCGCUGCGUCAAGUUCGACCAGCGCGUUCCGGACUACACGGUGUUCCUGUUUAACUGUCCAGCUGGCCUGGUGUUCGACGACCGCAUUGAAGUUUGUAACUGGCCCUCGUGGUCCCAGUCGUGCCACGGAUCUGGAGAGAUCCUGUCCACCCCAAAGACCACGUUCCGUUGCCCAGGGAUCGGGUACUAUCAAGAUCCCGAGAACUGUCGUUGGUUCUACUUCUGUGACGACGUCUACGAGAAUGGAACUCUUACGCCGUUCGACCUCCGCUGUCCUCACGGGCUUGGCUUCGACCCGACUACGUUCAAGUGUAAUUAUCGUUCAAUCACGCCAGGUUGCGCCGACUACAACGGAGUCGUCCAACAAGCACUCUUCGGUCCGUCCCUGUAUGCCCCUGGAGAGUAUUACCACGCGGCUGAUGGCAACAAGGAACGCGUCAUUGUUCCGCCUGGAGGCAUCCCCGUCGCACCAUAUCAACACGGAGCCAUACCGCAACCCGUGGGUCUGCAUGGCGUCCCGUUGGCUGACAUUGAAGAAGACGGCUUUAUAACAGGGGCGUCUGACGUUUCGGAGUAUCAAGUAGAAUCUCCGCUUUCAGCCGGUGGGACGCUUAAAGGCAGGAAACGUUCUGCACGUGGGGAGACAAGGCGUGCUCGGCAAAUAUACUACCAGGACUACUAUCCUCAGGCGGUCUUUGAAUCUGGUAGCGUCGCUGGUCAACUCCAUGAUCUGCACGUCCACGAAACCCAUAUUCAAACUCCAACACAAGCACAGUACCAAUCACGCUCCCAACUUGUGCCGUCAACUGGAAAUGUGCACCCAGAAGUCCUUAUUCAGCCAGGAGCAACGAAGACAACCCUGAUACAUCCUGGCUUCCAUGUUCCAACACAGCAUGUAGUACAAGUUUCACCUCCUGCACUUCAGACACAACUUGCAGCAGUACAUGUUCAGCAGCAACGUGCUGUGCCAGUGCAGUCCUCUGUAGCCCAACCGCACCUUCCAGUACAAGCUCAGUCCCCUACACUUCAAUCACAGUUGGACACACUCCGUGCACAAGCUCAGACUGCUGUACUUCAGUCACAGUUGGCCGUGCAGGGUGUACAGAGAGAUGGCGUUGCGUCAGGAUUCAGUUUUCAACGAGGAACAUCGUUACAGCAGGUUGAGGUUACACCUCAGGUCAUUCCACCUCUGUACCAACAACACGUUGAACAUGCAUCUAGUGUGGGCACGGUUGUUCAAAAUGUUCAACAGCCAUACGCUGACCCCCAGACUACUGCGAGCCUAGACGGCUAUGUUGCCCAAGGCGUCGCCAGCCGACAGGCCGCCGCUGUGCCCCAAGUUCUCGCACACCAGCCCCAGACAUUCUUGUACAGAUUCCACGACGUCAACAACCACAUGCGAUACAGUCCUGGAAUGUCGCUGUACGGCGGUUACGCUGGAACGUACGAAAGAAGGCAAGAUACACUGUCUGAACCUGCGUACCAAUACUACGGCCUUGUCAGCAAUGUUAAUCCACCCAGCGGACUUGCAGCGCAACAACCACACGUUCCUUCUAGCGUCGAAAGUCAGGGAGGACUCGUUAACCAGCCGACGUACCUACCUGGGCAAGAGGUAGCGUACCAGCCAAGGCCAUUGGUGCGUCGUUUAGAAGAAUACGUGCACCCAGUGAGCUACAAUCCCAGUUCAGGCCACUACGAGGCAGAACUCUAUACCAGGACUCCCGUUAGAGGCUCAACACAGCAGCCGCAACCUGUAGCAUACCAACCAGAAACAUUCCUGUAUGGACUCCGAAACGUAAACAACCACAUGCGUUACAGUCCUGGAAUGUCUCUUUACGGCGGGUACGCGGGUAUUUACGAACGACAACCCGUCGUCACAUAUGGUGCGGAAGCGUACUCGAGACAGCAGCCCGCUGUUCACUUGCAACAAGACAGUUCAGGGCUCCAAGCUCACCCAGCUGUUAGUGGGCACGUCCACCCAACGGUACAACACGCACAGGCAAAUCCAACGGUUCCGGUACGCCACGUACCUCAUGUCGUCUAUCAUCAAGGCGCACCUGCUCACGUACAGCGAGUUCCACAAGCCCCAUCUGUUCGCGUACACCAGGUUCCUCAAGCAGCGCAGCCUCAAGCCCCACCUGUUCAUGUACACCAGGUCCCUCAAGCAGCGCAGCCUCAAGUCCCAAGACAGCAAGUUCCUCAAUACGUAUAUCCUCAGAGCCCAGCCGUUCACGCACAACCAGCUCGCAACACGGGAAGCUCCCAAGACAGUGGCUCAGAAGGAGGUCUCCGCAAGCAAUUAUUUGCAGUUCCUGCGGGACGAACGCAGACCUCUUACGUGCAACCGGCUGUUCGUACCGCGAUAGUGCUUCCCGUUGGUUCACAAACUCCCAAUGUACGGCCCGCAGUGCCUGGUCCUACAUAUCCACAACAAGGGCAAGGUAGUCUGACACGCCAGCCGAAAGAAUUACUGUACAAACAUACAGCAGACACCGGAGACGUCAGUCAGCAGUCGUCUAGUCUUCCAGCAGCGUCUCCAAACCGCAACGAGGUAACAGCAACGAAGCCACGAAGCUUCCUCUUCCAGUUCAAGGAUCCGAACAAAUUCAUGCGCGUUGGACCCGGAACCAUGGUCUACGGCGGUUACGCAGGAACGUAUGAAAAACCAGUUUUGCCUCCGCCUGUUCGUUUCGACUACAGCUCUCUAGGACAUGUCCUCAAGUCACCGACAUCCCUCAAUGACCCUUACAAGCCAAGAUUCCUAAUUCCACCGCAGGACCAAAUAUCCACAAAUAUCCUUAAAGAUCCCAAGCCACUUCCCCCGCUGGAGCCACUGAUACCCGUAGAAGAGCAGAAUAAGGCGACGGCUGAGGCCCAACAGCCAAAGCCUGCCGAAGACAAGGCAUUCGCUGAGCAACCUCCAACGGGGCAGAACAGACCGGUAGCCGAUUUCGGGGGCGUACAGUUCGACGAUGAUGUUGGCCUUGGAUUCGGCACACGAUUAACCAAGCCACAGGCCCCGAUACCGAAGGAGACUCCGUCAACCCCGCCAGCAACCCCCGUUUCCAUCCCCGACACCAGCUACGGCCAAUUCUUCCCAAUCCAAACAGUAAACCCCGGAGUCUUGCCGGGUCACGAUUCGAACGCGUACAGCGCCCACAAAUACACCCAGAACCACCUGGUCGCCGAAGAGCGCGACCCUGUUGUGAGUGCCGUGAAACCUGAACUAGAUGAAGACGUCCCCGAACAGCGACCUGUCCCCCAGUCCAUUCUCGGCGAGUUAAGCCUGGUGCUAACGCGAAUGCGCCCGAACAAAGCCCACGCCCCCAUCGUGACGCCGCUGCAUGAUAUCCUACAGGAAGCGGAAGGCGUUGCCGAGAAGCUGAUCGCACCAGACAACGACAACAACACCUUGAGUGGAUCUCACGCGCAGGCCAGCACUCUGGUCCCUAUCACUCUCGCGCCUCCGGGACAGGACUUGCAAACACUCGUCGCGAUAGACAUGGGCACAGGCAUCAUGCUGGCCGUCGACGGCGAAGGAUCCGCAGUCGCGAACAAGGACGCUGCAAUUCACACCGACAAUUCCCUGGACAAGCCCAAAAAGACGGCGUCGACAUCGGACGCCUCCAGCGCCUUCCUGAAGAGCAAAAAGCUCGUCAAGACCAUAGAAGAAACGAGUACCUUCCCACCGGAGACACUCAAGCACUUCGCGGCCAAAAAGAUGCGGAUCCCGAAAGACAGGGCGAUUCCAGAAGCGGCGUGUACAAGAGCGGGACUCUUCAGACACCCUCACAAGUGCGGCGCGUUCUACGAGUGCUACUUCGACAAGUGGCUCAACAAGUUCACGGUGCACGAGUUCGAUUGUCCGAUAAAGCUGGCGUUCGACGAGUCGGUCUCCGCUUGCAGUUCUCAAGGUUUCGAAAAGUUCUGCAGAAGUUAGUUUUGAACCAGCGCUUACUUUCAAUGGACGAUCUAAGAAAUUUGCAACGGCGUGUGCGGCGUUGUGACGAGUGGCACCUAAGUCUACUGACCUCUUCUUCGGGACACUGCUACUGUAUACCAUAGUGUUAACACUUUUUCUAUGUAUACACUGACAAUGCAGGAAUUUCAAUCGUUGCCUACCGGCCGCAGUGGAUCGGUCGGUGAAGCGUCCGUUUUCUGAUUUCAAUCUUGCGGGUUCGAACCCUACCAAGCAGCUCCGUGACAUGGUACAAGAGGCUUGACACAUUGUCCUUAGCGUGGCGCGUUAAAUACUGGCUAUCGUGUCUAGAUUUCACGCACUUUUAUGAAUACUUAGAUUGGCAAAGUCAAACCAUGGACCGACCGCUGUUGCGUCGAACUGAAAGACAAUCGAUGCAUAUAUAUAUAUAGCCGUAAAAGACCUUGUGUCUUAUACGAGAGAUUAUGCAUAGGAUACGUUAGUAUCUCUCCUUGAUCUUCGAAAGGCGAGAAUAGCUAAGGCAACAACAUUACUGCAUAACGAGACUUCUUGUUUUCUGCUCUGCCCUGUCGACAUUACGUUGCCGUCCCAGCAUAUUAUACUUCCCUUCAGAGAGAUCGAGGAAGUGAUAGAACAUUUGGAAAAUUAUAUAGUUGAUAAGACUGCUGGGGUUUUACGCUGCCAAGCACCUAUAUGGCUGCGAGUGCGCCACAGUCGUCUAUUGUGCCACCAAAUUGCCCAAGUGAGCUCUGUUCCGUCUUGCAUCUGUCACAUCCUGUUGUGCCAUUUUGUUACCGGUGAGGCGACAGGAUAAGUGGUGGAAAGCAACCGAUGACGUAAUGUCGACUCCAGAAUUCAGUUCAGGACUCCAUUGUGACCAGAUGGAUUAAAUAUGUGAGAAAUGCGUUCUUCUUCAUUAUUCUAUUAUGUGCCAUAUAUGAUUGUGUGCAAUUUUUUUAAAAAAUCAAUUUUCCCGUUUUGUCAGUUAUUAGUGUACUGUACGUACUCGAUUUGCUAGCGUCACGCCUGCCGCUGUUGCACCACUCUGUUUGUUUCUAUAGGUGUCACUUUCGUGUAUAUUGUAACAUACUGUAAUCGCAACAAAUGGACGCAGUGCACACACUGUUGCCAUUGCGUUAUUCAAUGUGAUGAAAUAAAGGAAGUAUGCACCUGUGUGCAAGA